UCAGACAAAGAGACAGUCACGCGUAGCAACAGAACAAGAGUCGAAGUAUUCUUCACUCAAAAAAAAAGAGUCGAAAAUGUCAGACGGAACAUUGCAGGUACUGGACGGAACGCACCUGAGAGGCGUCGAUCUGUCCUUAGGCGACGACGGUCCAUUCACCGGAGCUAAAAUACUCGACAUUGCCCAUUCCCGCGCCUCUUCUUCCCUCUUCGGUCUCUCAUUACCCGAUUCCCUCAAAGUCUCUGCUCUCACGCGCCUCCGCACACCCGACACCGAUGCUUUCCGCUCCGCCUAUUACUCCGCCGACAAGGCCUCCGAGAUUCUUCGAGACUACAUCUCCGCCAUCGCCGAUGAACUCAAAGAUAAUCCUCUUGUUGUAUCAAUCUUGGAUGGAAGUACUCUCCGGUUGUUAUCAGAGGAUGAGGAUGACUUCGCCAUGUUAGCAGAAAAUCUAUUCACUGACUUAGAUGCCGAAGACAAGGGGAAAAUCAGCAAGAGUGAAAUUCGGAAUGCUCUUGUCCAGAUGGGAGUUGAGAUGGGCGUUCCUCCUUUCUCAGAAUUUCCUCAGCUAAAUGACUUGUUGAAAAAACAUGGGGUGGAUGGAGAAGAAAAGUUGGGCCAGGCACAGUUUGCACAGCUUCUGCAGUCUGUACUGCAAGAUCUAGAAGAGGAACUUUCUAAAAAGAAUGUUGUUUCCAUCCAGAAUAUUCGAAUCAUUAAUGGCUCUAAGCUAAGACGGCUAUUGGCCAAUGAACAGGAAUUAAACACCGUUGUGAAGAAGGCAUUGCAGGAAAAACGGGAAGCAAAGGAUGGACUAGGGAGCACAGAAAUAAUAAGGAGCUUCCUUGAGAGAAACGCAAAGGAAUUGGGUUUACCGCUAGCUCAAGCUGAUGAAGCAGUUGUUCUUCUUUAUGACGCUGUUUUUGCUGAAAUAACACAAGAAAAAGAUGGUGCCGAAUUAGAUAAAGAAGAGCUGGCAAAACUUGUGAAGAAUAUCCUCGAGAAAUUCGCAGAUCAGCUUGAGGUUAGUCCUGUGUAUCAGGACUUAGCUUACGAUGAGUAAAUCGGACACAUUUCAUGUUAUGUUUGAAACUUUGCAUCAUUACAGAGUAUUUGGAAUUCGCACCCCCUCUCACCCAAACAUCAACAAUAUGUAUACUGUAUAAUGAAUUUUACUUAUGUGGAUUGUGGAGGUGCCUUAAAUAGCAUGGGACUUGGGUAAUUUUGUUUUAAAAUUAUGAGAUUUUUUUUUUUUUUUUUUGCCGGGGUUAGAGUUAGAAAUCAUGUGUAUUUUUCAACUCACUUGUCAGAUAUUAACUCUGCUUAUGUUGUGUGAUUGUUGUUGACUGAAGAUUUUGCAUUCACAA